AUGAUCAAGUUUUCGAGGAAAAACCUUUAUAUCGGUUGGGUUUUCGGCUGUAAAAGAAGUUCUCGACCGAGAAUGGGUCUUCGACCGAAAUCAGUUCUCGGUCCAAAGUUUGAUAUUCGUACACUGACAUACGCGUCUCUUAAUCGAUUGUUCGAUGAACAUGGCUCCUCCGCCGGUGGAGAGGAGCGGCGGAGACUUGUGGAUGAUAAAACGAUCGACGAUGUGAUCUCUUGGAACGAAGACGGAUCUAGCUUUGUCGUUUGGAAUCCUACCGAAUUUGCCAAGGAUUUGCUACCGAAAUACUUCAAGCACAAUAAUUUCUCUAGCUUUGUCCGCCAGUUGAACACCUAUGGAUUCAGGAAGCUUGUACCAGAUCGAUGGGAAUUCUCAAACGAUUGCUUUCGUAGAGGUGAGAAACGUCUGUUAUGCGACAUACAACGUAGAAAGAUCGCAUCUGCUUCACCAGCGCCAGCCAUUGCUGCUACUCCGGUGACGACCGUGGCGGCGUUAUCGCCUGUUCAUCCUGUAACCGUCUCUCCCAGCAAUUCAGGCGAAGAACAAGUAGUGUCGUCGAACUCGUCUCGAGGCGCUACAACUUAUUUAUCUCGAGAAACAACAGCUUCUGGUGGAACUAACGCGGAACUUAUUGAUGAAAACGAGAGGUUGAGGAAAGAGAACGUUCUACUCAACAAAGAAUUAAGUCAGAUGAAGAAUCUAUGCAACAGAAUAUACAUGAUGAUGUCAAAUUACGCCACUAAUUACAAUAACCCAUCGGAAGGCAACACCAAUACCUCACAACAACAGACGGUUACGGCGGAAACAACCACCGUGACACCACUAAAUCUCUUGCCGUUAAAGCGUUUAUCAGAAGACCGAAAUGGCAGCGGUAGUCGUCGACGAUCACCAGAACCUGAGGAGGAUAUUAGUCCCAGAUUAUUCGGUGUUCCGAUAGGUGUGAAACGGGCGAGAGAGGGAAACGAUGGUGAAGCGGCGGAGCAGCACCAUGAGUUGCAGUUGCAACAGCCGAGGGUCCACGUGAAAUUAGAGCCGUCGGAUGAUACCGCAAAGGGGGUCGGUAACGGUGUUGAUUGCAAGGAAUCCAGUUGGAUGAUGAAACACUGUCAGCGGUCGGGAUCGGAAAGUGUUAUUAUGAUCCUGUUGGGUUAUAAAAUCUAUCUUUGUCAUUGUCAUUGUGGGGUCAGGUACAAGAAACUUCUUAGGCAUAUUUUCAAAUAUAUCCUUCAUUAAAAAAUAGAUUUUCUAGAGCCUAGUAAUCAUCCCUAAACCAUAUCGAUAGACAUUUUUAGCACAUGAUAUUUGUUAGGGACAAUAUUUAUUUACAGGUAGACAAGCUUGCCUUGAUAUGUGUAUGAAAAAACUUGAAGAUAGUUUAUCUAAGUGAUAGAAAUGAUGUAUUAGUCGAGAAUUGUCAUACAAGUCAAGACUCGUGUGUAAUUUCAAUGUUGCAUAAUAUAUACUUUAUCAUAUAGCUGAGAAAAAAAAAUGCAAAAAGAAUCAAGUCGCGUAGAGGAAGUUAUGUAAAAACGAUGAAUUAGCAAAUUACAUCAAAGCGCUCCAAAAGAGCAAAAAGUAUCAUCGAUUAAAAGAGAAAAAAGGGGCAUCGUCUUAGGGUAUUUCACCUCAUAGCAAUCAUAUGAGUGCUAGGGACUAUUUUGAGUGAAAUGAAGUGUACUGAUAAUGAUUCCUUGAUGGCUUAACAAGAUGGAAAAGCUAUGAUCUUGAGGCAAUUGUGUUGUACUGAUAAGGUUAUGGUAUUAAGUUAAAAUCGGGGUUUUGAAUGAUGGUUAUUGCACGAAUGUUAUUUGUUAUUUGAC